ACUUGAAAUCGAAGAGAGAGAAAGAGCGUGAAAACUCGAAAUCCCGCGCUCUCACAGUAUCCCACUCACUCCUUCCAAUUUUUGAAUCCCCCAAAUUUUCCCUCUUUUCUACUUUCUCUUCGUUCCCAUGGAAGAAGAUGACGAAUGGGAGCUUUGUAACGACGAUGGAUUCGUCUACAAGCGCAAACGCCGCCGUAUAGAUCCGUCGUCGACGGCAGUGGAGAAUGCAGAGGCAGCGGCGGCGGCGGAGAAUGAGAACCGGCGAAGGGAGAGGAAGAAGCGAACGCUGCUGAAGCUGAAAACGAAGUACGAGAAUGAGAUCCGCGAGUGGGACACAUUGUCGAACACCUUGCGUGCAAUGCAAAACGCAGCGUUGCAGCAACAGCAACAACGGCAACAAGAACAACGCGCUUCGGAGGAGCAAACGCGAGACCCAUCUUCGCUCCCUUCCACUUCUUCGACGGAUUCCGUUGGUGGGUCCUUGCUUGAUGAGCUUCUCUUGCAGGUGGAAACCCAGGAAGCUAUAAUCCAAGACAUUUCAAAUUUAUGUAACGUAGCAGAAUCAGUGUGCUUUAAGCGAGAAGAACAGUUUAAAAAAUCUCUGUUUGAUCUUCCCAUAUGGGCUUCUCCAGUUGAGCUCAUGCAAGCAUUGUGUGAUGAAUGAAUUAGGUUCUUUCUUUUUGUGAAUUAAUGUUAUUCUUUUCUGGGGUGAUGGAUGCGUAAGUGAACAAAGAUAGAUAUUACAGAGAACAACCCUUGAUGUCAUGUACAACUAUGCAGAUUGGUAAAUAUUUCUUAGACGUGUUAGAUUUAAGGGAAUCAAGGUUUUGGCUGGAAUUAUGAAAUUGGAACGACCAAGAUAGAGAGAACCCCUGAUUUCCUCGAAAUUGUGGAAGGCAAGCUUCUCUGAAGUAUUCAGUGAAGCACAAAGAUUGAAUUCUGUAGUUACUGUAUAUUAGUAUAUUUAUUUAAGUUUUAGAAUCUAAUGAGUUGUUGGGAAUUUUUCACUGGUUUUGUUUAGAAAAUUGUGACAUUUUUUAUAAAAAGAAAAUUGAAGUAGGGAGUGAAUGACUUUUCUAUAGGAUCAUGAAUUUAAGAUUCUCUAAAGUGAGUAAGUUGGUAAAGUGGGAGACUUAAAUUCUUCACUUUAGAGGAUUUAAAUUCUUUUCUUUAAGAUGUAUUGUAAGGUGUCAUCAAUUCAGCGUAGGAGACCCCUGUUCAAGUGUAGGAAAUCCUUACUAUCUUUCUAAA